CAUCACUUCUUUCUCUUCGCUUUCUUCUUCCCCAGCACCCCCGCAGCAUCCGCCUCGUUUCCGCUCUCUCUCUCCCUCCGGAGCACCGUCUAGCUACUCGGUACGGGCGCAAGACGGGAUGAGUGCAGGGACACGACCCGCCCGACGAGGACGACUGAGCUGUGGGAAAUGGACUUUGAGGUCUCCUUGGAGAACGAGCAGCAAUUCUGGGACGAAAUCCAAGAUAUCGUUUCCUCCCCUUGCUCCUCGGAAGACCACAUCGACAAUGCGCUCCGAUCUUAUCUGAGCCUAGCUACGAAGUACAAAGAUGAAUAUCUUCAGUCCGAGUUGGAUGUCACCCGAUGCUCGUAUAAAUUGCUAGCGUCGAAUAUCUUCGUCGCUCAUACGGACUAUGUUCGGAGGCAGAUGCUCUAUGGAUUGCUGCAGGAUGACGACCCAGCGACUCUUCACUUGAUCGGAUCAUUUUUGCUCUUCGACGGCCGGCAGCAUGAUGUGGCGUUUCGGAUGAUGAAUGAGGAGGGUUUGUUCCCUCGGUUGUUGGAGCUUCUGCAGGCCCGGAAUAGAAAAGAGGAAGAGGGGGUUCCGGCUGGACUGCAUCGACUGCUGAUGGAUAUGAUGUACGAGAUGUCGAGAAUUCAGAGGAUUAAGAUUGAGGAUUUGGUUCUCGUGGAUGAUGAAUUCGUCAAAGGCCUCUUUGACAUUAUUGAGGACCUCUCUUACGAUGUCAAUGACCCUUAUCAUUAUCCGGUCAUUCGUGUUUUGCUGGUUUUGAACGAGCAAUUCAUGAUUUCCGCGCAUGAUCCGGUCGACGAGCAUUCUCCGAUGAAUUUCUUGACGAAUAAAAUCAUCAAGAUCCUGUCGGUGCACGGCAAUCUGUACAAGACUUUCGGCGAGAACAUCAUCCUAUUGAUCAAUCGUGAAGCGGAAACAUCGCUCCAGCUUCUGACCCUCAAACUCUUGUACCUCAUCUUCACUACCCCAAGCACCUACGAAUACUUCUUCACAAAUGAUCUGCAUGUCCUCGUCGACAUUUUGAUCCGAAAUCUUCUGGACUUGCCCGAGGAGGCGUCCGCUCUCCGACACACCUACCUGCGCGUGCUUUACCCACUCCUGGCUCAUACGCAGUUGAAAUAUCCCCCAUUCUACAAGCGGGAUGAACUCAAGCGGGUCCUUCGUCUUCUCGUCCACGGCCAGCUCGCUGAUGGCGGGCCUGAUCGUGAGAAGAUCAUGCACUUCGACGAGGUGGACGAGACGACGCGAAGACUGGUUCUUCGCUGCGCCACCGUCGAAUGGUUACGAGAUCCAGAGCCGGAGAAGCCGUCUCACGAUGAAGAUGCUGCGCCGGCCCCCCCGGCCGCAGAUAGUGUACCUCCCGAUGUUGAGUUCGGAGUCCCAUUGGAGACCACUCGGACCCUUUCUCCCACCAGCACGGUCGACAGCUCACCCGAGAAUAUGUCGCCUACCAGGCUGGAUGGUCCAGGCUCCAGCUCUUGCAGAGAUGCGCACCGCAAGCUCAGCCAAGCGCAACGACUAGGCAUGCACCUCGAGCCCGCGUCUUCUUCCUCCCUCAGUGUCCAAGAAGUAGCAUCACAGCACGUGAAGCCCGGUGUCAUGACACCCAGCCGUAACGAUGCUCGUGUGUCCACAGAAGGCCCAACGAGCCCGUCAAAGUUGCCGGGCAAGCCUAAGAUCAAGCCCCUUCCUCCAAGGGCAAGACGUUGGCGCGGGAGGCGAGAAGACGAACAGGCAGACAGGAUCCCUGAAGACGCACAAUCUCAGCAUACGAGUCCUCUUGUUCCACACGCAACGUUAGUGGGCGUCAACCACGUCGAACGAGCAUACUCCACCGGCACCGUACCACCGCCCAUCGCUGGUCACACGCGCCGUUCUGCCUCCAACCCACCCCCGGCCGUUCCUCCACCCCGACGCUCAACAGUCCCCCACCUCCACGCAGGUCAUGGAGUUGGCCAUCACACCAUUCCUGUCACUAGCCACUGCACUCCGCUCACCAGUCCAUCUCGACCUGCACAACAACAGCAACAUCACCACAGCAUCAGCACACCCAGUACAUCAAGCACCGCUCCACCUUCCCAACCUGCCGCCAGCACAAACACCCUCCAUCCCUCAAAGCACGGACAAAAACCAGAACCCCCUAAAACCCGCCGUCGAGGCCGCACCCGCGGCCCGACUGAUUCUGCGGAUAAAUCCCUCCACACGCCAGAUUCUCCCGGGGAGCAUCUCGACAGCGACCAGCAGCAGCAAAAUGGCCACGCGGGCAGUGAACCCAAGUCCGAUGCUACCGUGAGUGUCGAGGAAGCCCUGCAGAAUGUUUCUCUCGAGUGAGAGAGAAAGUAAGGGUGGCUCAUUUCAUAUUUUCAUCCCACAUAAUUUGAUCUGAAGUAGCAUAGCAUACCACUAUCUAAUCAUCGUCAUCAAUUGCAUCAGCAUAGCAGCGUGUUCAUUAC